GAAAGUCCGUUCACUGCACUAUGAUGGACCGCGGCAGCUUUAGAAAUGUAUAGACAGACUAACAGAAGAAAACCCAAAUCUACAUAACACUUAUUUCUAAUUUUUUAGACGCUAUAAUGUCGCUCCAACCGCAAGUGGAGGACGCUACGGAGGAGAGAAGCGCCUUCUUCAUCGGUGCAGCCUACUCGGACGACGUGUCGGCAGAGGAGGACCACCAUCAACUUAUUCUACAGAAAGCCAACGCGCUAUCAUCGGAAAACUGCCCCAAAGAAGCCAUUGACUGGUUUUCAGUGGCCAUGCAAUACGGCCCUGUGCGACCCGAGCAACUGAGCACUUUCGUGGACUGUAUCCUCCGCAACUUUAAGAGGAAAGCGGCCGGACCGGAGGCACCUUCGGGCCGGAGUCGGGUCAGCCGUGGGGGCGAUGUGUUUGACUGUCCCAACUGUCGUAGCUUUCUAGGUGAACCUGUGACUAUAGCAUGUGGACACUCAUACUGUAAGAGGUGUUUACAACGGCGGCUGCUCUCCAAAUGUAAGCUGUGUAGUGAAGCCGUGGGGGGCGAGGAGAAAGCCAAUGUAAUUCUGUGCGGACUUUUAGAUAAAUGGUUCCCCGACGAGCUGAAAAAGUCGAAAACACUAUGUGAAGUGGACGAGCUGUGCAGGAGUAAACGCUACCAAGAGGCUGUGUCGCUAGCGACCGAUGUUAUCGAUAGUGAUCCAGACACGGCAGCGGUGGCGCGACUGUCUCGAGCGGAGGCGUACAUGGCUCUCAAACAGUACUGUCUGGCUUUGGAGGACACACAGUUUUGUCCCGGGUCCAGCUGUUCUGCUGAAGCUUUGUUUAGGAAAGCUAUGGUGCUGCAUGAGAUGGGCCAGGUGGACGAGUCUCUCCAAGUCUUUCUCCACUGCCUGGCUGUGGACGAGGACUUCCCCUGUGCUAAAAGACAAGUGGAAAAGAUCCUGUGUGACCUUCUCUCACCGGCUGAUAAGAAUGUCAAGGUUGGCCUGAGGGAAACAACGCAGAACACAUCGCCUCAUUUGCGCAGCAAAACCCUUGUGGCCGAUUCCCAAGCUCAGAGCCCAGUCCAAAGACAACACCAACACCAGGUCCGAGCUGCCUCUGCACAUCACCAUCUGGACAACCAGGAGAAACGCUGGGAAAGUCUUGAGCGGCCUGGUCUGAGCCGAGCUCAUUCGCUUCGGAUGCAUGGCUCCAGUUGUGGUGAGGAGGGUUUGAAGAGAGUUUGCUCUGCUCCUCAGCUGGGGGACCAAGACAAGGGGAGCCUGCUGAAGAGGAAGUUGUCAGUGUCAGACACAGAGCCAUGUGUCGUGGACAGUGGAAGUAGUAAACAUAAAAAACAAGGUGUUACGAAAGGCUCAAAACAGCUGGCUUCCAAAGCGAAAACCUGCAGAAGUGUUCCUGAGGAUCUGCUAGACCCCAAUGACUUAGAGUGCUCUCUCUGCAUGAGGUUGUUUUAUGAGCCUGUGACUACACCCUGCGGCCACACCUUCUGUAAAAACUGCCUGGAACGGUGCUUGGACCAUACCCCCCAGUGUCCCCUCUGUAAAGAGAGUUUGAAAGAGUAUCUAGCAUGUAGGAAGUAUGUGGUGACAACUGUCUUGGACAUGCUGAUCAAACAGUAUUUGAGUCAGGAGUAUGCAGAGAGGACUAAAACUCAUCUAGAAGAAACCAGAGAACUUUCUGAUCUGACGAAGAAUGUGCCUAUCUUUGUGUGCACCAUGGCUUACCCCACCGUGCCUUGCCCCCUGCAUGUCUUUGAGCCACGUUACCGCCUCAUGAUUCGCCGCUGCAUGGACACGGGCACGCGGCAGUUCGGGAUGUGUAUUAAUGAUCCCCAGAAAGGGUUUGCAGAUUAUGGCUGCAUGCUGAUCAUCAGGAGCGUCCAUUUCCUCCCUGACGGACGAUCAGUAGUGGACACCAUCGGAGGAAAACGUUUCCGGGUCCUGUCCCGAGGAAUGAAGGAUGGUUACAGCACUGCUGACAUCGAACACUUGGAGGAUACUAGGGUGGAGGACAGUGAUGAGCUAGAGAGACUACAAGAGCUGCAUGAUGCAGUGUACGAGCAGGCCCGUGUCUGGUUUCAGAACCUCAAGAUCCGCUUCCACAACCAGAUCCUGCAGCACUUUGGACCCAUGCCAGAACAAGAAGCUGACAUCCAGGCAACUCCCAAUGGUCCAGCUUGCUGCUGGUGGCUGCUGGCUGUCCUGCCUAUCGACCCUCGGUACCAGCUCUCUGUCCUCUCCAUGACAAGCCUCAAAGAACGCCUGGUGAAGAUCCAGCACAUCCUCACAUAUCUACAAAGCAUCCCCAGCGACUAGAGCUUCCUCUUCUCACCACCAGAAAAAUCUUUUGGCCUAUUGAACAACAUUCAAGCAACCUUGUAUCAACAUCUCACCAACUUUUGUUUAUACAACCAUCUGAUCCUUGAAACCUUGAUUUCUACAGCUAUAAAGACAUCUUAUUUUACUCCUGUUAGUAACAAGCUUACACAAGUGCAGAGCAAAGCUGAAACAUCCUUGAACUGUUGAUCACUGAAACCAGAGAUAUGGCCAAACCACCUCAGGGAUACUUCCAAGGAUGUGCACUAUUUGUUUCUGAUUGUCAAAAAGACAUAUAUGACAUCUACUAUUCUCAUCUGCUCUUGUUCUUAAUGUAGUUCAUUCUCACAAGAACUUCCUGAAGGAUCUUGUUGAAAUUAGCAGAGCAGUUACUAUUCCACUUGGUUAAUAUUUAGUGAUUAUGUUGAAGACAACAACAGAGAGUAGUACAUUGAAGAACCCCCUUUGAGUGUGCCUCCUUUAAAGAUAGCACUGAUGGAGCUGAGGUGAAGAGAGCAUACUAUGGUUUGUGUUGUGUCUCUGUUGAGACCAGUGUAAAGGAAGGUUUUUUUUUUUGUUUUGUGUUUUGCCUGUAAGAUUUAUGUUCAUAUGGAGAAGACAUGAAAUGACAAAAUCCUAAAUGCUGAAAGUCCAAAAAGUGAUAGCAAGAUAUAACUUAAUGUGGUUCAGAGCAACCAUUCAGAAGUUCAAACUUCAAACUGCAACCACAUGCAACUAAAGGCUGGUGUAUGUGUACCAACCCAUGAUGAAAGUGUUCAUCGAUCUCUUCCAAGCAUCAGAUUUUUUACGUAAUCUCUUCUCCCACAUGCUUACCUUGCACAACUUCCAUCGCUGCCUCUAAAUACUGGCUGAAGGCGAAACAAUCUGUGUUUCUUCCAUCUUUUUCACUUUGAGUUUCUUCCACAAUCGUGCAGAGAUCAGCCGUCGUGUGCCUCCUCUAACAUGAGUUUGGAGGAAGAGCCAUGGCACUGAAGUCUCAUCAUGGUUCUAUGUUUUUUAAAUGCUUUUCUUCCUCUCACAGUUAGUAAGCCCUAUCUUCCAAAAGUUUUGUUUGUCAUGGACCUUUGGAGAUCCUGCUGGAGUGUGAGGAUUUGAAAUGAAAGUGUUUAGAGUUCGGUGGUUCUGUUCUUGUAUUAUUUGUCUCUUCUCAAAACCAAAUGAUUCAGCUUCCCAUUUAAUUAACUUAAACUGAAUUAAUUUAUAAGAUAAAAUAUAUUUGUACAUUCUGACCAUGUGUUUGUAUGAGAUAUUCUGAAGGGGUCUUUUAAUAUUAUGACAAAUCAAAACAAGACAAAAACAGCAUGUAUACCACCAAUGGGUUAGCAUUAUUCUUCAUUCAAAGCUGCUCUGUCUGCUUGGAGGAGAGAGAGUACCUGCAGUGCUGCAGUCAGGGGACUGUGUUUGCCUUACACCAUUUUGCAUUGUGAUAUGAAUAACACAAUGUGUUGGCUUGGUUACCAUUCCUUUUUGCCAUAGUAUGAAGUAUGUUUUAAUUGUAUUUUUCCCCUCUCAGUUAGUUCGAGGCACGAUGUGUUCACAAUGUAUGUAUGAAAAUCUGAAAAAAACAAAAUUCAAGUCAAAGUUGUUGUGUGUAAAUCAUUUGUAAAAAGGCUUUUUGGACAGAUUUUGCUUUUUGCUCAGAUGUUUUAAGUUAUCAAUUUUCAAUAAAAGAAAAUGCACCUCUUUUUUCAA